AUGGACGCGCUGAGUUUGGACAUCUCACAUGCCGUUGAGGCAUCUGUGCCGUCGUCUUCCGCUCAGAGCUCCCAGCGCUCGUCGCCCCGCCGCUUGAUGACCUACACAUCGUUCGUGCCGAGCCGCGGCGCUUCGAUGCCAACAGACAAUGACACUGAUCCGCUUAUUUGCAGUCAAGAUCGCAAUUUGAGCUCACCGCGUGUUUCUGCGAAGUCGGUUUAUGCUGUGCAGCCGACUCCGUCGGGUACCUCAUUCUUCCGCUACCUGCCUGUGGUGUUGGUGGUCGCGAGCUUCGUCACUGUCUACACGGUUUUCGUGUUCUAUCAUCUCAAGCCAGCCAUCGAGGAUGACGUAAGCCAUUUGGGAGUGUUGAGUAACAAGACGGUGGCCAUAUUGGUCAGCACUAGUGUCUGCUGCCUGUUGUUCUUGUUGAACUACAUCUUGUGCGCCACAGUUGACCCUGGCCGCGUGCCUGAAACGCUGGAGUGGUGCAUGUACCCCGGCAGUGAAAAGCACACGCCGCCAACUUUAUGCGAGACCAAGAGGUCCGGAGAUCGUCGUUCUUGCAAGUGGUGUUCUAUUUACAAGCCGGACCGGGCCCACCACUGCCGUGUAUGCGGUCGCUGCGUGCUGAAGAUGGACCACCACUGCCCUUGGGUGAACAACUGCAUCGGUUGGGCUAACCACAAGUACUUUUUCUUGACCGUGUUCUACGCCGUUGUUUUGUCUGGCCUAGUGUCCACCUUUUCUUUCCCUACCGUUCGGCAUGUAAUGAAGAGUCCUACGGUUAGUUUUGCUUCUCCUCAUAUGGCAUUGUGUUUUGUAUGUCACCUGCCUCUUUUUGCUGUGUUUCAUAACUUGUUUUUGUUGUUCGUGUUGCGUUUCGCGAUUUUCAAUCGGGUUCAGGUACCAGCAAAACAGUACGUUGUGCUGCUCGUUGCCGAGGUCAUGUCGAUUUUCUCGUUCUUCCUGUGCAGCGGAUUUUUGAGCUUCCACAUCUUUUUGAUCUGCGAGGCGUACACGACGAUCGAGUUUCAGGAGAAGGGGUCGUACAGCAACCUGUGGUUGGACCGCUCCAUUUGGUCAGGCACGCUGUACGAGAACCUCUCCUGCGUUCUGGGCAAGAACCCUUUGUUUUGGCUGUUGCCCAUCGACGAUCGCGCGGGCAAUGGUGUGACGUUCAUUCCGCAAAUAACGGCAGACGACAAUGACGAGUCCUACGACGAGAACUCAACGUUCCUCAAGAUGGCCCGCGAGACAAAGCAGUUUGAGCCUAUUCUGGACGUUUGA